AUGUACGUAAUCGGAACUGCAGGGCAUGUCGACCACGGCAAGUCCACGCUGGUCAAAGCACUGACGAGCAUUGACCCCGACCGGCUCCCCGAGGAAAAGGAGCGGGAGAUGACGGUCGACCUGGGUUUCGCGUGGAUGACGUUGCCCAGCGGCCGCGAGGUCAGCAUCGUCGACGUCCCCGGCCACGAGCGGUUCAUCAAGAACAUGCUGGCCGGAGUGGGCGGGAUCGACUUGGCUCUCCUCAUCGUGGCGGCGGACGAAAGCGUGAUGCCCCAGACCCGCGAGCACCUGGCCAUCCUGGACAUUCUGCAGGUGACGAGAGGGCUGGUGGUGGUGACCAAGACCGACCUCGUGGAUGACGAAGAACUGGUAGAGCUGGUCAAAGCCGAGGUGGAGGAUACGUUGCAGGGUACGUCCUUCGAAGGAUGUCCCAUGGUCGGCGUAUCGGCACAAACCGGCGACGGGCUGGACGAGCUGCGGGGGAUGAUCGACAGCAUCCUGGACGAGACGGAAAUGAGGCGAGACCUGGGCCGACCCAGGCUGCCGAUCGACCGGUGUUUCACCAUAUCGGGAUUCGGUACAGUCGUGACCGGUACUCUCAUCGACGGUUCGCUGGCGGUCGGGCAGCAAAUCGAGUUGGCAGGGUCACAGCAACGGGCCAGGAUCCGGGGACUGCAGAGCCACAAGACCAAAGUCAGCAGCGCAGAACCCGGCGUGCGGCUCGCGGUUAAUCUGUCUGGCAUCUCCCGCGAUGACAUCGAGCGGGGAGAGAUUCUGACAUCGCCGGGAUGGCUGCGCCCAGCCCGCCGGCUGGACGCCCGUAUUCGAAUGGUGAACGAUGCUCCUCACCCCCUGAAACACAACGAGGGCGUGACCUUCCACCUUUUCACCAGCGAGUCUCACGCCCGCGUGCGCCUGCUGGACGCGGAGCAACUGGACGCCGGCUCGGAGGGCUGGGUGCAACUGCUGCUCUCGGAAGCGCUGCCGGUCGUGAAGGGGGACUAUUUCGUGGUCCGCUCGGCCGACAGCACCCUUGGCGGCGGGCAGGUGGUGGACCCCAACCCACGGCGGCGACACCGACGGUUCGACGUCGACGUGUCGGAGCAGCUGAUGCUCCUGGACGAGGGAGCCGACGAGGAUGUCAUCGUCAGCGUGGCCGAGCAGUGGGGCCCGUGCAACCUCACCGACCUGUCCCGGAGAGCCAACCUUCCGCGCGAGGAGGCGCUGGAGCGGGCAGUCGCACUGGCUGAAGAGGGCGACCUGAUCACCCUGGGCGACCUCUCCACCGACGGCGACGCGGUCGUCUAUUCCGCGCUGGGCUGGGGCGCUCUCAAGGGCCGGCUGGCCGGAGUCCUGCGCUCCUAUCACGACCAGUAUCCUUUGAGAAGGGGCGCACCCGCGCAGGAGGUGCGAAGCAGGGUGGGACUGUCGCAGCCGGUGUACCUGCGGGCACUGGCCCGGAUGGGUGACGAGGGCUUCGUGGCGGAGGAUGGCCAAGCCGUAAGGCUGCCCGGGCAUGAGGUCGAGUUCACUCCAAAGAUGGAGCAGCAGGUCGCGAGAUACCUUCAGUCGCUGGACCGCGAGCCAUACUCGCCCCCAACCGAUCAACCCCUGGAAGGCGAACUGCUGAGCGCGCUGGUUGACCAGGGCAAGGUGGUUCGAGUGGGCGAUUCCGUCGUAUUUGCGGCCACGGCCUACCAGGAAAUGACUGUACGCGUCGUGGAAUACCUGCGGGAAAAUGGCAGCAUCACGGUGGCGGAGGCGCGGACCCUGUUCGACACCAGCCGGAAGUACAUCCUGCCGCUGCUGGAGCGAAUGGACCAGGAACAGAUCACUCGCCGCAACGGCGACGAGCGGGUCCUGCGGUAG